UAGAGAUUUUUGUUUGAUGAGAAAGUUCCCCCGGAAAAAUAUCUAAUCAUAUCAUCUUAUAUCCAUCACCACAAUUUGAAGUAGAAAAGUAUCUCUCUGCAGGUAGAGAGAGAGAGAGAUAGAGAGAUGGAGAGUCAGUUGGUGAGAAGGAGGAUGAACACCAUUGCCGGUCACUUUGCUACCGCCGCCGCCGCUGACGACAUCGCUGCCGCCGCAUCUCACAUUUUCCCUCUGAACUGCAGUAGUAGUUUGAACUCUGUCAUCCGGAGGUGUGAUAAUAGAAUGCAUUUUGCAAGGCAAGGGUCUAGUUCCCAAGCUUGUUUCAUGAGACAGGCUUCAACUUCAACCGAGCAGGUUAGUUCUGCUCAGCCUUGUGUGUAUCUCAACAAGUCCUGUGGUUCUGCAAAUGAGGGCUCUUCCAAUGCCUUUGAAGCGCCUUUGUUUUCUAGACCUAUUGCUAGGAUGCAACAAAACUACCCCAAUGUUGGUUCUAUCCAACCUGUGGUGGAAAAGUGCAAAUCAGCCCCACCUGAGCCUCCGAAGUUUUCCAGACCAAACAGAAAAAUUAAUGAACAAUUGCAUUCCUGCUCCAGGAACAGAAUACACCCUUUUCAAUCUACUGGACUUGAGUGGUCCCCGAGAAUGGAUGUGGCAGAAUCUGGAUGCAAUUACAUUCUUACGGUAGAACUUCCAGGUGUCAAUAUCAAUGACAUCAGAGUGGAGAUCAAUGAUCAAAUCUUGACUGUGGUUGCCAAAAACUCAAACCAGUGCUGGGGAGUGGCAAGUUCAACUGAUACAUAUCACAAGAGGGAGAUUUCACAAGGGCCAUACAAGGUUGUUUGGACACUGCCGAGUAAUCUGAACAAGGACGGUGUCUCUGCUGAGUUUGUGGACGGACUUCUACGAAUUGCCAUUCCUAAACUUUAAAAAUGUAGUGGCGGACGCGUGCAUAUAUACAUGGAUGCAAAUGAAUGGAUCUAUUUGCGAACAAUGUUUAUAAUCAUGUACUAAUUUCUGUGUAUACGUUGGCCAUUAAACUACACUACUCGUACUAGACUUAACAAAAAGAUGUUCGCUAUGAGUUGUUCUUGAUAAUAUUUCACUACCAAUGUUGUUAGCAAGUUGAUUUUAGACACAAAAUAACAAGUACUUGCAAUUGCUGAGUUGAAUGUUUCAAAUUCACUA